ACAAAAACAUAGAUAUAUUAGCAAAGGAUAAUGUGUCUGCUCCAUCGCUUCAGACGAACUUUCCUUGUUUCUGUGACAUUGUCGUGAAAAAGGCUCAUUUCCUGUUCAAGUACUCGAGCGUGUCUUCAUGGGACAAGAUCAUUUUCAGUCAGUCGAUAAACCAGCAGGACUCCUCUGAAGAUGAUCCAAGCAAGCAGGCCGAAACGUUUGUAACAACGCUGUAAUCGUUUGAUGAUUUCACUUUGUGGAUCACUUCCAAAUUUAUAAAGUGCACUUGAUAAAAACAACUUGAUUUGACUUCAGGAUUGGACAUUUUAAAUUUGAGAAUUUUUUGAAGAUAUGAAGAGUCUCGUUUUAUACUUUGCGGCCUUGGGCCUAAUCUGCGAGACAUCCGUUUGGGUCUUAGCUUUCAACAUCAAUGCUGAUGUUCGUCACGUCAGGACUUUCGACGGGCCAGCAGGAUCAUAUUUUGGACUGUCGGUCCUGGGACAUCAGAGCGAUGGGGAGUUUUCGAUUUUAGUUGGUGCGCCAAACAGCACCUCAGAUUGUCAGCCUAACCUGCCUGGACCACCGGGGGUGCUCUAUAAGUGUCAGCCGACACAAGAGGGCGGGAGUUGUGACCAAGUGUGUCUGGACAAUGAAGGCAAUGAGAAAUAUACUUUUUCAUAUCGAGACGUUGAAGACAAGAAGGAUGGUCAGCUGCUGGGCAUGGCGCUCACCAGGCAACCAGGUCCAAAUGGGAAAGUCGUCGUUUGCGGUCAUAGAUGGAUAAAUCAAGACCAUGCUACCCACUACUCCUACCAGGUGGGUGCAAUCCUCCUGUAUCCUAGGGGGAUCUGCUACGAGGUCAAUGCCAGACUGGAAAGACAUUCUGUGAAGAAAAUCAGGCCCUGCAUUUUAGAGAGAAGCAGUGACUGGUAUCGUUGCUUGAGUGGCGCUAGUGCUGAGUAUGCAGUUGACGGACAGACACUCUUACUGGGAGCACCAGGGGCCAUGUACUACAGAGGAUCUGUCAUUACUGUGAAUGGAGAUGACAUAAACUACUUUUCUGGUAUUUGGAAUUAUUACAUCAGCAAUCACCAAUAUCCAUCUGUAGGUUACUCAAUGUCGUCAGGCCACUUCUCAAGCCCCUCGGCCAACGAGGGGGUAACCAGUGCACCGAGAUACCGGGAUAUAGGUGCAGUCUACAUCUUUGACGUAGUGCAACAGACGGUCGUGGCACAACUGAUUGGAGAACCGGUAAACACAUACUUUGGAGCCAGUGUGGAAGCAGUGGACUUGAAUAAUGAUAUGUGGUCCGAUCUGUUGGUCGGUGCCCCGCUCUACUCCACCAAUCAGGACGAAGGAUGCGUCUAUGUUUAUAUCAACGAUGGAAUGGGCAAUUUGGAGAUGAGGAGCAAACUACGAGGUUCCAACGCCAUCGGAGCAAGAUUUGGCUCAGCCGUUGAGACUGUCGGAGACUUGAAUAAAGACUAUUUCACAGAUAUUGCGAUUGGUGCACCAUAUGAAGAUGAAAUGAGUGGAGCUGUGUACAUCUACCAUGGGGCAAGCUACGGCAUCAAUCCUAAAUAUUCGCAGAGAAUACCCGGCAAGAGUUUUGGUCUGAUUAGCUUCGGCUACUCCCUGGCUGGUAGUCUGGACUUAGAUGGUAACCAGUAUCCCGAUCUGAUUGUUGGUGCACAUCUAAGCGACUCAGUAGUGUAUCUCAGGACAAAGCCAGUUGUCUACAUGCAAGCUACGAUGGUCCUGUCUCCAGCAACCCUGAUAAUGCGCAAUGCUAGCGAUACCAGCAAAAAGCCCAUCAGGUCCACGGUGAUCGUAUGCCUGACGUACCACGGCAUCAACGUAGGCUCCUCACAAAGUGUUGUGUACACCCUGGAGGCUGACAACCAGGUGUCAUCCAUUCUUCAGUCGAGAGUCUACUUUGGGUCAUCAGUUUCUGCCUCACGCAUUGAGGAGACAACCUCAUUGGAUAACAGUAUCCAAAAAUGUGUAAAUCAUACGCUGACCGUCAAGAACUUUGUAAAGGAUUUUCUGAAUCCGAUCCCCGUUGAGCUUUCCUACCGUCUCCAUGACGAUGGGUCCCCCAUGGCACCAGUAUUGAGCCCAUCGUCGAUGAGUGGCAUCCACAGGGAGAUUGGUUUUGGCCGAGACUGCGGAGCGGAUGACAUCUGCCAAGCAGAGCUACAGUUUGUCAAUUAUUCCUACAGCCUUCGAAGUGGUCGCGAGGAGAUCUUUUUGGGAGCAGAUGCCAGCGUCUUCAUCACUGUCCAGAUAUCCAACGAGGGGGAAGAGGCCCAUCAGGCCAGGCUGGUCAUCACGCACCCGGAAAAUGUGGUCUACGAGGCUGUGGAAACCAUCACGACCACAGAAAGGAUCGGAGUGAAGUGUGAACCAGUGUCUUUGGAGGAUGGCAGCUCUCCAUACAUCGACUGCAACAUCGGGAAUCCAUUGAGAAGUGACGGCAAGGUACUCCUACAAGUACGAAUGGACAUUGGCAACUUGGCGCCAAGCCAAACCAGCUUGAACGUGUCGCUGUCUUUGUCCACUAGCAGCAGCGAGUCGGACUUGGACAAUAACGAAGCCUUGGUCAGCAUACCGGUCACUAUACAGGCAGACGUGACCAUGGAUGGGGCAUCCACUCCUGAACAGCUUGUGUACAAGCAAGACAAAGACAACUUAGCACAGUACUUGGAAGACAUCUUAAAGACCGUCCGACACCUUAGAGACGUCCGUAUGUCUUCAUCCUCCAUAGACCGACCGAGAGUCAUCGAUGCGGGCGGGGGAGGGCAGGACAGGGGCGUCGUCUACAAUACAGACUCGCCGAUGGCGCUAGCGACGCCCGAACCAGACCAAGAGCUGGAUGUCGAUGAUGAAAAUUCCGACAUGCCAGUUAACGAUACGGAGAUUGGGCCAGAGUUUACACAGCUGUUUGAGAUCGCCAACUUGGGACCCGGUCGUGUUCCCUAUGCCGCUAUGGUGAACAUCUCAAUCCCUUGGAGGACACGUGAGGGUGACUGGCUAUUUUUCAUCACAGAAGUCCAGGGCAGAGACGGCGUCGAGUCGUGUAACCUCGAGAGCGUCUUGAAGCAACAAUAUCAAGGCAUCUUGGAGCAUUAUAACACAUCGUCGAAAGAUACAGCCGAUCCGGAUGCCAAGAUGAAACCAGACAAGAAGAAAAGCGGAACGCUGAGAACGACAUUUAAUUGUGAAACAGCAGAGUGCGUGAUGUUGCAGUGUCGGGUUCAGCCGUUGGCCGCGAGGAGCAGUGCGGUGAUAGAGGUCCACGCACGGCUCUGGAAAUACUCCUUCCUGAAGUCCAGCUUUGGUUUGGUCUCGAUGAUUUCCAACACGUCGGUCGAGGUCAAGGACCCACAGGGGCUGUUCACGCAACCGGCUAGCCACUUGCCGGACAAGACUACGGUUAAGAUCACGGUCUCAGCUGAGGAGAUCCAGUCCACGGAACUGCCACUCCCGCCCUGGGUCAUCCCGUUCAGUGCAUGCCUGGGUAUAGCCCUGUUGGUUAUAGUGGUCGCUGUGAUGGCUAAGCUGGGAUUUUUCCAGCGGAAGACAGUGGAGGGCAUGAAGCGACAACUGAUGCAGGAAGAGGCCGAUGCCGCAGAGCAACAAGACAAACUUCUGUGAGUUGAAUAGGAAGCAAACCAAGACGAAGAGAGAGAAAAAAAAUGAAGCUGUAGAGCAAGAAGCCAAUUAGACUUUUUGUGAAAUUCUACAAAGAUUGGAGCAAUUUCGAUCGAGAUAUAUACUCCAUCUUACUUUAGUCAGUAUCGUAGUUGAAUCCAGUCAAAAGACAAAGGAAUGCCUUUUAAUUUGUCAUUGUUACUUGGAACUGGAAUCAGGUAGCCAGACCAGAGCAUCGACCAUUAAAUCAAUCACUUGUUGACAAAUUAUUCUUGAUAAAGCUAUACAGGGCGAGCCAAAAAAGAAAGUGACCCGAUUUAAUGCCUUUUUUGUCCUUAUUAAAAAAGCAAUCAAAAUUGAUACAUCAAUGAAGUAAGUGUUCUUUCAGCAAAACGAAACGAUUCACAUACGGAUGUGCGUGAAUUGUUUUUGUUUUGAUGAAAGAACACACACCUUUUUUUGUGAUCCUGGGACAGAACUUAAAACGGUAGUUGUAUUUAAUAUUCCGUAACUUGAGAAUUACUUGAGUGAUUUGAAUUGUCCUUGUACUAAAAGAAAGGUUAUUAAUUGGGCUUUCAUAUCCUAGAUUUCUAAAGUCCCACAUGCAGAACUUUAUGAAGAAAUGGUCCUGAAUUUUGGGUUUCCUUUUUUUUUCUUACUCGCCCUGUAUUUAAAGAGAAGGGUGACUUUUAUGCUUAUAAACAUAUAAUCAAAGAAUCACUGUUUUGUUUUGUCGAAAUCCUGUCAAACAGGAGCAAAAUGUAAUCAGAUUUUGUCAAUUGUGAUCCUGUUAAUCAGUGUGCUUAAAGUGCUCUUUUUUUUUUACUUGUAAAUGCUUUUGCUAUUUUCAUAUAAUUAAAUUGUCUGAAAUAUUUUCAAUUAUUCAGCUUUUUUGUAAGAAAAAAAAUAAUUUAAUUAAAGCUUUAUGACCGUUAGAAUAAUGCAAAGUCAGCAUAAUCUUUUAAAAGUCAUAGUAGCAUAUAAAGUUGGAGAAUUUGGAAGAAACGUUUUAGCUCUUUACUGUUCUAAGCUGACUUUAGGCAAACUUUUCGAUGCGAUAUUUGCAUCCGUCCAGAACUCUGAAGUAUCUCUACAGCAGUUUGAAGCGAUUUCAUUUUUCAAAAAAUUCCGGCCAAAAUUGAAAACAUUGCAAGGGGGUUAACCUUGCAUUUUUAUCAAAUUUUGGUAAAAAAAAAUUCUGCAAACAUCUCAGACAUAAAUCAUGAAGCAAGAGAAACAUAUUUUAAUAUUUGUCAAUCCAUUAUAUCACAGAUUUGUAUGAAAAUAAAGAAUUUUUGAAAACGAAA